UCUAAAGCUUCUUGCAUAUGGUUUAUACGUAUGACACUUCUGAUGUGUCUCACUUGCUUAUAAUCUUUGUUGACCAUUACUUUAUAUCCAAAAGCAUUUUCUGGAUUAAUUUUCUGUACAUACAUAUGUAUGCCGCUCGAUUAACCCAAUCGAUAUGGCUCGUUUACGUUUACCCAUACCAAUACUAGCACCCAUUUUAACCGUCAUUACCGAUUUCUCAACUCAAGUUAUAUCGCCGGUUAGUCAGAAGAGAUAACAAAGUUUUGAUAGUACACCCACCCUAAAUGGGUUCCCGGAACGGCUUCAGUGCAUGUCAUACCAUGAACAUGAACACCCCGCAGGUGGUAAUAACCGCCGAAACCUUUGAGCCGGUCAGCCAACCAAUCACCCUCACACCCGGCACUGUGGUCGCGAACCAGCAACCUAUUUAUAAUCUCAAUCAGAUUGGGACAGGAGAUAGCUCGCUGAAAGUUGGCUGGCAGCCGAUGCAAGUUCGAUGUCCCUCCUGCCAAGGUGAGGUGCAGACCAGCCUGAUUACCUCCUCCACAAAGACCACCCAUCUAUGCGCCUUGAUCCUGUACAUUUGCUGCCUCUGGCCUUGCGUCGUCUUGCCCUACUGCUUCAACUACUGCAAGAACGUCCGGCAUUUCUGCCCCAACUGUGGAAACCACAUAGGAACCUAUUCGAUAUAAUGAUUAGUAUUUUUAAAUGUAUCAUUACCAGAAACCAUUAAUAUAUGUAGACCAUACUUUCAAACCAAA